AUGUCGUUGAAACAGGAGAUUGAGACCUGGGUCGCGGCCCUAGGUCGUUACGACAACAAUGAGUUCGACGAUGCUCUUGGAGAAUUCGAUAAGAUCGCCGACACGAGCAAGAUUCUCUUCAACAUGGGUGUCAUCCAUGCCACUCUGGGCGAGCAUGAGAAAGCAGUCGAGUGUUACCAACGAGCCAUCCGACUGGAUCAGUACCUAGCUGUUGCCUACUUCCAGCAGGGCGUCUCGAACUUCUUGCUUGGCGAUUUCGAAGAGGCUUUGGCCAACUUCAACGAUACCCUACUGUAUCUGCGAGGCAACAGCGUGAUCGACUAUGCCCAACUGGGUCUUCUCUUCAAGCUAUACUCGUGCGAGGUCCUAUUCAACCGAGGAUUAUGCUACAUCUACCUGCAGCAGAAGGAGGCCGGUAUGCAAGAUUUGGCGUAUGCCGUUAAGGAAAAGGUCGUCGAAGACCACAACGUCAUUGACGAAGCUAUUCGGGAGGAGGCCGAGGGCUAUACCGUGUUUUCCAUUCCUGUGGGUGUCGUCUACCGACCCAACGAAGCCAAGGUUCGCAACCUGAAGACCAAGGACUAUCUUGGCAAGGCCAGAUUAGUUGCAGCCUCAGACCGAUCCAACGCAUUCACCGGGUUCGCCGGUUCCGAGAUCAAGAAUGCCAAAGCAGAAGCCAAGGACGACCGACCGACCGAAAACUUGUCUUUUGCGGCGACGAACCUGGUCAAGCCAGGCAUCCAAUCCCGAAGACAGCAGUCUGAACCGCCGACCAACCGCAAUAACUUUCCUCCCACACCUCCACCGGAGAACGACCGCCUCCCAUCUCGGGGUGCUUCUGUACGGAACUCUGGAGGAAGGGCGAACGCCGCGAAGCUUAGCAUCCAGACACAAGAGAGUAGCAGGAGAUACGAGAAGGCUGCAUCUCCGCAGGACCGCGUUCCGAAACAUUCGCGUUCGGUAUCGGCUGCGCCUGCCAGAGGCUUCUCCACAAGAGAGCCCUCUCGGAGACAGCGGGUUAUUGAAGAAGAAUCCCCAUAUGGCGAUGAAUCAUAUGAUGGGUAUGGCGAGAGCUCGCGGGGAAGCAAACAGUCUCGGUCUCGACGAUAUGACGAUGACGACGAAGGCUCGGAUUAUGACUACGGGUCUUUUGACGAGGGCGAGUUCGAGAUGGUGUCCAAUGUGCGACGUGGCCCUGGAUCCGUAUCUCGACCAUCCCGUGCGGCUUCGCGACGACCCGACAUUCGCAAGAUUCGGGUCAAGGUUCACGCAGACGACGUGAGGUACAUCAUGAUUGGUACAUCGAUCGAGUUUUCGGACUUUGUGGAUCGCAUCCGAGACAAGUUUGGGCUGCGAAAGCGGUUCAAGAUCAAGAUGAAGGACGAAGAUGUGCCAGACGACAUGAUUACGAUGGGCGACCAAGACGACUUGGACGUGGCCAUCCAGAGCGCAAAGAGCCUUGCAAAGAGACAGAGGCUGGAUGUUGGCAAGAUGGAGGUUUGGGUCAUCGAGGUUUAA